AUGGCAGACACGGACGGCCCGGGUAUGGAGGAUGAUCCCGCAACCAUAACCGCCGCGGAGCCGGACACUCCGCUUACUUCCCGACCACGCUACGUGUCCUUCAGCGAGACUGUACAACCAGCGGUCGGCAUGGUUAGCCAGCUGCUAAAUCAACCGUCGUCCCUCAAGUUCGACAAAAAUAUCAAACAGGCCUUCUACAAUACCGGGGCGAUGAUUUUUGUGGCUAUCUGUUGUGGAGCGGCAGUGCUGGUUUAUUUUAUUUUGGAGGCCUUUCUACGGCCGUUGCUCUGGGCCGUGCUUUGUGGAACUUUUCUUCACCCGUUUAAAUACUCUUUAGCUCGCCUAGGUCGGCGGUGGCUAAGCGGUUUACAAGAGAGUGGGACGCCGAUAGUCGUGGGGACGCUACUGGUGCCGGUGUGGUGUGUGAACCAUGGGGUGGAGACGCUCGGCGGGCUGGUCCUGGAGCGACUCAAGGUUCUGCUGGUGAUUGGAGCUGGAGCGCCGUUGCUUUAUUUCCUUUACCUGUCCUGGAGUGUCAUCGGGAUGCAAGUGAUCCUCGGACACGUUUGUUCAGUCAUCUGCUGUGCGCUGGACUACUUCAACGCUCUCUGGGUUGGCACACUGGUGCUUGGUUAUGUAUUGGCAGUGGUGUUUAAAUGGACCCCUGGCAUGGAGGGAUACUUGCGUGCAAUGUCGGUACCAGUAUGGGCCGCUCUCAUUUUCUAUCUGGUCUCUCUGACAGGCUCGUGGCGUGUGCCUGUGUUUGUGGUGGUGGUCUUUCUACUGAUCGUCGGCACUCACGAGAAGCCCCAAGUCCCAGGGAAAGGGGAACUCCCAGGACAAGUGUUGUCCUUUGCUGCUAACACAAUCUACAUGGCUAUCUCUUGUAGCAGCAGUCUCACAGGGCAAGAUAAACAGGAUGGGGACACCACUGCAGCACCCAGAGAUUCUUCCCAGAGUCCCAAGCGUGUGCGUCCCGAGAUCCGGAGUCUUCUACAUAAAGAGAAGGCCAGUGACAUCUACUUCAUUCUGCUGGCCUGGGCUAUAGUACUAGUGCAGAUCUGGCUCAACCUGUGGAUCCUGCAGCUCCUCCCUAUCCCUGUGGCAGUGUGGAUGUUGAAAAAGCUGGUGGUGCAUUUUGGGCUGAAGGACUUCGCUGAGAGGACGUUGGUGUCAUGGUGGGCAGUGGUUGAGCGGUUUGUUAAAGAAAGACAGGAUGCCUUGCUGCCUGGACCAAUCAGAGGCCUGGCUCAGUUCCUCCUGCGGGUCGAUACCAAGCUGUGGCAUUGGCUUAACAAGCAGAUGAUUGUUUGGUUGGAGCGCUCACUGGAUAAGCUGAUCAGUAUCUUCAUCAUUUUCCUGUUGGUCACUGGGACGCUGUUAAUGGCCCUGCUCUUGACUGCUAUGGUGCACCAUGAAAGCGUCCACAUCGUCGAAGUUACUAGCAACUUAAUUAACGAGACUGUCUCAAACCAUCCGGAGUGGGCGAACUGGCUCCCAGAGGCUCGUGUGGUUCAGAAGGCUCUGAACUCAGCCGCCACUAACGUUUACCAACACGGUCGAGAAUGGAUAACACACAAGUUGCAUAAGAUGCUGGGUGAAAAGGUGAAUAACACGGCAGUCAUUGAGAAGCAGGUUCUGGAACUAUGGGACAGACUCUACCACUCCUGGUUUGUUAAGAAUGUGACUCACACUGGUCGUCACCGUGGACACAAGGCUCACCUGAACAGACAGAACAGCUGGCUGGGAGACAUACUCGAAUGGCAGGAUGUCGCCUCCUUUGUACAGGAGAACAUCGAAACACUGCUCUCAAUCGUGGAGUCUCUCUGGGUUGUCAUGAGUCGGAAUGUUGGUUUGUUGAUCUCCACGACAACCACUCUCCUCACCGUUCUCUUCCACAGCGGAACAGCUCUGCUAAACUUCGUCCUGUCACUGGUCAUUUUUCUGACCACGCUGUUCUACUUGCUGAGCUCCAGUGGGGAAUACUAUAAACCUGUGAAAUGGGUGAUUAGUCUCACCCCUCUGUCCCAGCCCGGACCCUCCUCAAACAUCGUCGGACAGUCAGUGGAGGAGGCCAUCAGGGGUGUGUUUGAUGCCUCUCUGAAGAUGGCGGCGUUUUAUGGCCUGUACACUUGGCUCACACACACCAUCUUCGGCAUCAACAUCGUCUUCAUCCCCUCAGCCAUGGCAGCGAUUUUGGGGGCGGUGCCGUUUUUGGGCACGUACUGGGCGGCCCUGCCGGCGGUGCUGGACCUGUGGUUGGCCCAGGGACAGGGGGUCAGUGCCCUGCUGCUCCUCACCUGUCACCUGCUACCCACGUACUUCGUCGACACGGCCAUCUACUCCGACAUCUCAGGGGGGGGCCACCCGUACCUGACCGGUCUGGCUGUAGCAGGUGGAGCGUACUAUCUCGGUCUGGAGGGGGCGAUUAUUGGGCCCAUCCUGUUGUGUAUACUGGUGGUGGCGUCCAACAUCUACAGCGCCAUGUUAAUGAGUCCAAACAGCAGUCAGCCGACACCAGUACAGGGAAACUAUCCCUCACACACACACAGGUUGUUUUUGGAUACUCUGGCGGUGAAGGAAGGGACUGAGUGAAAGAGAGGGAUGUGUUUUCCUCGCUCAUCUCCACACUGCUGUCGCCCGGCUGGCUGACUCUCCUCUUCUGUCCUGUGAGAAGCUGGCCCUGCUUA